GCGGGGAGCCAUGGCCGACGUGUUCACAGGCUCCGAGCCCGGCGCGGCCCCGGACGCGGCGCGGCGCUUUGCUCGCAAAGGGGCCCUGAGACAGAAGAACGUGCACGAGGUGAAGGAGCACAAAUUCAUCGCGCGCUUCUUCAAGCAGCCCACCUUCUGCAGCCACUGCACCGACUUCAUCUGGGGAUUUGGGAAACAAGGAUUCCAGUGCCAAGUUUGCUGUUUUGUGGUUCAUAAGAGAUGCCAUGAGUUCGUUACCUUCUCUUGUCCUGGAGCUGACAAGGGACCUGACACUGAUGACCCCAGGAGCAAGCACAAAUUUAAGAUCCACACCUAUGGGAGCCCAACCUUCUGUGACCACUGUGGGUCCCUCCUUUAUGGGCUCAUACACCAAGGGAUGAAAUGUGACACGUGUGAUAUGAAUGUGCAUAAGCAAUGUGUGAUAAACGUCCCGAGCCUCUGUGGCAUGGAUCACACUGAGAAAAGGGGAAGGAUUUAUCUGAAGGCUGAAGUCACUGGUGACAAACUGGAAGUAACAGUGCGAGAAGCAAAAAACCUCAUUCCCAUGGAUCCAAAUGGGCUUUCAGAUCCUUAUGUUAAACUGAAACUUAUCCCAGAUCCCAAGAAUGAAAGUAAACAAAAAACAAAAACCUUCCGUUCUACCCUGAAUCCACACUGGAAUGAGUCAUUCACGUUUAAAUUAAAACCUACAGAUAAAGACCGACGGCUCUCUGUAGAAGUCUGGGACUGGGAUCGAACAACCAGGAAUGAUUUCAUGGGCUCUCUUUCAUUUGGGGUGUCAGAGCUCAUGAAAAUGCCAGCCAGUGGAUGGUACAAGCUGCUGAAUCAAGAAGAAGGCGAAUAUUAUAAUGUUCCAAUUCCAGAUGCUGAUGAAGAUGGAAAUGCAGAGCUGCGGCAGAAGUUUGAGAAAGCCAAACUUGGGCCAGCUGGUAACAAAGUCAUUACUCCGUCGGAAGACAGGAGUUCAACUGUGCCAUCCAACAAUCUGGACAGGGUGAAGCUGACAGAUUUCAACUUUCUUAUGGUUCUUGGAAAAGGAAGCUUUGGAAAGGUGAUGUUGGCGGACAGGAAGAAUACAGAGGAGCUCUAUGCAAUCAAAAUACUGAAAAAAGAUGUGGUGAUUCAGGAUGAUGAUGUUGAGUGUACAAUGGUUGAAAAACGAGUGCUAGCACUGCAGGAUAAACCACCAUUCCUAACACAGCUUCACUCUUGUUUCCAAACAGUUGACCGCCUGUAUUUUGUUAUGGAGUAUGUGAAUGGUGGGGAUCUCAUGUACCACAUUCAGCAAGUAGGGAAAUUUAAGGAGCCACAAGCAGUGUUCUAUGCAGCUGAGAUCUCAGUUGGGUUAUUCUUUCUCCAUAAUAGAGGGAUUGUUUAUAGAGAUCUGAAAUUGGAUAAUGUGAUGUUGGAUUCAGAAGGACACAUUAAAAUUGCUGACUUUGGAAUGUGCAAAGAACAUAUGUUUGAUGGAGUAACAACCAGGACCUUCUGUGGCACCCCAGACUACAUUGCACCAGAGAUCAUUGCUUACCAGCCCUAUGGGAAGUCUGUGGAUUGGUGGGCAUAUGGAGUGCUGCUCUACGAGAUGUUAGCUGGCCAGCCUCCAUUUGAUGGAGAAGACGAAGAUGAACUUUUCCAGUCCAUAAUGGAACAUAAUGUUUCCUAUCCAAAAUCACUGUCCAAAGAAGCUGUCUCCAUCUGCAAGGGGCUAAUGACUAAACAUCCCGCAAAGCGCCUUGGCUGCGGCCUCGAAGGUGAAAGAGACAUCAGGGAACACGCUUUCUUCAGGAGAAUUGACUGGGAGAAACUGGAAAACAGAGAGAUCCAGCCACCUUUCAAGCCCAAAGUGUGUGGCAAAGGUGCUGAAAACUUUGAUAAAUUCUUCACACGAGGACAGCCGGUGUUAACCCCGCCAGACCAGCUGGUCAUUGCUAACAUAGAUCAAUCCGAUUUUGAAGGGUUCUCCUAUGUCAACCCCCAGUUUGUACAUCCCCUCCUAGAAAAUGUAGCAUGAAACAGCAGAACGGGAACAAAUCCCCCAGUAGGAAACGGUUCUUAACCCUAAAAUUUUUAGGUUUUUGCCUUGGUUCCAUUUGGGUCUGAAAAUUAUAGGGUUAAAAAGUGUGAGAUGGGGGGAAAGGCCACUUAGUGAGGAUUUUGGCUUUGCAACCAAAACGUCUUAAUGGGAGAUAAAUUAGCGUACAGUACCCGUUUCUCCUACUAGAAGUCUCCACUGAAGUUCCCUGUUUUUGGUACUUUCUAUAGUUUUGUAGCUCCCUGCUGUCUUUUUGCUCCGUUUUUCACUCCGCCGCUGUUACAAAUAAUCCAAGACCCGACCUGAGAAGCACCUCCAGUUCUCAGUCCUUGCAGGGGACCAGUGCUCCCCACUCCUAUGGGCGCCAUGGGGAGAGCAGAGCAUGGGACUGGAGAGCGCCGGGGAGGAGAGGCAUUGCAGAACGUGGUGGAAAGCAGUUGUUACCCAAACCUGGCAAAUAAAUACGAGUUGGGCGUGGGGGGGGGGGGGAAUGAAAUCCAAUUAGAGCCCAAAGCUUUGUGAACCGAUCCUGUAAGCAACACCGAAUUUAAACGGUCUCCAGCAGUGGCCAGAUCUCUAGAUCUUUGCUAAGUAGCAUGUGAUAAACUCAAGGGUGAAGUUUUGUCUUUAAUAAUAAUAAUAGUAAUAAUUUUAAUAAUAUUUUUGUGAAUUUUAAUCUCCGUGAGAUUAUUCUGUGAUCCAGGGUGCCAUUGUUUGUUCAGUUGAUUUCAUUUACACCACUCCUCAAGCUCACUGUUAACUGGUUCUACUAACAAUGUUUUACUAUGAAGUUUGUUAACCUGGAAUGUAAAACAGAACUGUAAUCCCUGACAUCUUAUUUACGUGCGUGUGUUUGUAGUCUGCAGUAUAGGGCAGUAAGUUGAAGGAAUAUUGUGUAUGCUAAAUUAACAAAAAUGCAGUCCCAGCUGACUUCCUGAUUUGUCCAGAGCAACUCGUGACAAUUAAUUGAGAAUUAGUCCUACAGUAAUCAAUUUUAACUCAGAAAACUUGGGGCUGUACAAUAAUCAAGCUUGAAAGAAGCACUUAAAGCUUGUUUUAUGGAUAGAAUGGAAUUUAAUACAUUUUGCAUAUGCUUCAUGCAAUGAAUUUUGCAUGUUUAGUAAUAACUCUUAAUAAUAAGGGUUAAUAAUAAGCAGUUCUAUAUUGACAUAAUCAUAUCAAGCAUACAGAGUAUUAUAAAAGUUUUAUAAAACAAAUUGUGCUUUAAUUGUGGAAGUUCCUGUUCUGAACAACAUCAUUUAGGUUUAGCUAAAUGUUUUCUCGCUGUUGUUUUGGGUUGUUUUUUUCUAGUUUUUGGAUAUUGUUAAUGACUUAGGGUAUCAUCUGUUUUUUUAAAUGUAGAUCUACUUUUAAACAAUAACUCUACCUGCAGGUUUUAUACGAGUUUCAAUUAGGCUUUCAUUUCAUGUCUGCUGAUUACUUACAGGGAAGGAAAUAGAUUUUAUUUGCAAUGAUGAACACUGUAAUUAAUGCAAUCUUCUCCUCUCCUAUCUCACUUAGAUACAAAUUUUGAUAUUUCCUCUUAACCACUUACCAGAAGAUCUUAAUUCAAAUAUCAGUAAAUAUUUUUGUGCUUACUUUGGUUUUGUUACAGCAUGUAAAAUAGUAGGCGGUGCGUUUUCCUUUUUUUCCCUUCUGCCUUGUCAAUGGUAGCAGCCAUAGGCACUCUUUGUCUGUCAGAUGUGCAUGACGAUGCCAGAAGCAUGAUGUCUCUGUUGCUGCAUGCAGACUGAAUACAGUUUUUCCAGCAUGUGAACAUACUCAAGAAGUCAGAUAUUUGCCAUGAAAGACUUACAUUUAUACUAGAAUAUGUAAUCGGAGGGUGGCGGUGGGAGGGGGGCAGGAAUCUACUUUCUAAUCAUCUUUUAUUACAAUAAAACAUUGAGCCUGUGCCAAAGAUUCUGCCAGAAAGAUCCAGUCCUGCAGAUUGGAUGGCGAUGAUGUGCAGGAGUGACCCCGUGGCACCUGGGACAAUUUGUGAGCAAAGCGCGGUCGGAAGUGAACAGAAGCAUCUGCGCGGCGCUCCUGCACCACGUAUGCCUUCUGAAGCCGUCCUUUGGCGUCUGGGAUUUGCAGCACUCCAGUUGUGUGAGCAGCCCUGCUCCCUUCGUGGUCACAGCCCUUGGUUGGAGCAUCCCCACGGAGGGCUCAGCCCAUGGUGGAUGGACCCAGCGCAUCCCCCAACGAACAGCUCCCCAGAUUGUUGCCUCAAUAAAAGACCUCAACCAUUUUAACAUAUUUUAGGAGUACAAUUUUUCAACUAUCCCGUGGCAAACAUGUCAUCAGCCAAGUCUGGGCAUUCGUUUUUCUCUUUGUGUAUUAUAUACCUGAAGAUUAUGGUAUGUUGUUCGCCAUAAAGCAUGUGGACUAACGCA